AUGAUUAUUGUUCUAUUGAUAUGUUCAGAAUUCGAGUUCCGUAAUUCUGGUUAUAGAUUAGGGUUCCUCGCGAUUGAUUCCCUGUUUAAUGCUAAUGACGGAAAGAUGAAGAUUAAAGCAAUGUUACCGGCGACUUUGACAUCUGUUAUCACCUCUGGGAAAAUCCAGAAUCUGGGUCUGAUUCGCCUCCUUGAUUAUACCGCCAACGAUAUUCCAGGCAAAUCAGAAGAAAAAUACUUGAUUGUAACGAAAUGCGAGGCUGUUGCUCCUGCACUUGACUCAGUGAUCAAGGCGGAGAUUAAAGCUUCCAAUGGCAUUAUGCUCAAGUCGAAGCAGGACUUUGUUGCCAAAUCAGCUUCACAGAUAAUCAAUGAGCAGAGGGGAAAUGCUGCACCAGCUGCAAGAAUGGCUAUGACCAGGAGGGUUCAUCCGCUUGUUUCCUUAAACCCCUACCAAGGAAGUUGGACCAUCAAAGUCCGUGUGACGAACAAAGGAGUCAUGAGAACUUACAAAAACGCUAGAGGAGAAGGAUGCGUCUUUAAUGUAGAACUAACUGAUGAGGAAGGAACACAGAUUCAGGCAACGAUGUUUAACUCAGCUGCGAAGAAGUUUUAUGACACAUUCCAGAUGGGAAAGGUGUAUUAUAUAUCGAGGGGAUCACUUAAGCUUGCUAAUAAGCAGUUCAAGACGGUUCAGAACGAUUAUGAGAUGACUCUGAAUGAUAAUUCAGAGGUUGAAGAAGCGAGGAACGAAGAAGCGUUUGUCCCUGAAACAAAAUUCAACUUUGUACCCAUUGAUGGGUUGGGUGCAUACGUGAAUCAGAAGGAGCUUAUUGAUGUUAUCGGAGUUGUCCAAAGCGUUUCUCCUACGAUGAGCAUUAGAAGGAGGAACGACAACGAGAUGAUCCCAAAGAGGGAUAUCACUUUAGCUGAUGAGACGAAGAAAACUGUUGUGGUGUCCCUUUGGAACGAUCUAGCGACUGGCUUAGGACAAGAACUUCUAGACAUGGCUGAUAAGCAUCCUGUCAUCGCAAUUAAGUCUCUCAAAGUUGGAGAUUUUCAAGGUGUGUCAUUGUCCACUAUCAGCAGGAGCAAUGUGGUGAUAAAUCCUGAUUCUCCUGAAGCUACAAAGUUGAAAUCUUGGUAUGACUCUGAAGGUAAAGAGACAUCUAUGUCUGCUAUUGGCUCUGGGAUGAGCUCUUCUGCCAAUAAUGGAUCAAGAUCCAUGUAUUCUGACAGAGUCUGUCUUUCUCACAUCACAAGCAACCCGUCUUUAGGCGAUGAAAAGCCUGUAUUUUUCAGUACUAGAGCUUACAUAAGCUUCAUCAAGCCAGACCAGACAAUGUGGUACCGUGCUUGCAAGACCUGUAACAAGAAAGUGACUGAAGCAAUGGACUCUGGUUACUGGUGUGAAGGUUGUCAGAAAAAGGAUGAAGAAUGCAGCUUAAGGUAUAUAAUGGCGGUGAAAGUCUCUGAUUCAACCGGUGAAGCAUGGUUUUCUGCAUUCAACGAUGAAGCAGAGAAGAUUGUUGGAUGCACAGCUGAUGGACUCAAUGAACUAAAAUCAGAGGAAGGUGAAGUGAAUGAGUUUCAGACAAAACUGAAAGAAGCUACAUGGUCAUCUCAUCUCUUCCGUGUUAGUGUUUCUCAACAAGAGUAUAACAGCGAGAAGAGACAGAGGGUAACUGUGAAAGGUGUUUCUCCGAUUGAUUUUGCUGCUGAAACAAGAUUAUUGCUCCAAGACAUUUCCAAGAACAAGACAUCCCACUAA